AUCCACUGGCAGUGUGCUGCUGAGCUUCCAGGGAGAAUAUCAGCUCUGUGCAGGGAGGACAGGAUUACCACGAGCACUCAUCUCGUCUGCAUCUAGAUGCCCACAGCGCGGGCCACUGAAGCACCCAUGACUACCACAGGCUUGUGCUCUUUUCUGGACACACUGCUCAGGACUUGAUAGAGUUUGCUGGCAAUAAUUUUCUUUGCUGCUGGUUUUUGUUUUUCUAAUCUUCCCGUGUUUGGAUUUUUGUGCACAGAGUUCUGAGAACAGAAGUCGCCUUCGGCGGACUUGUUUUGCUUUUAGCGGUGGUUCUUUUUGUCUUUUUCUUUCGUGGCUCGAUCGUGUCCAAAACCUGGAAAAUGCAAGAAAUAUGUCGUCUUACAGGAUAACUCAAUAGAAUAGAGGAAUUUUCUCUCUCUCUCUGUCGCGCCAUCUCAUUUGACAAAGCUCCUACUCUCUCUCGGCCUCAGUAGUGUAGACUAGCACACAGUAUCAAAAUGCCGUCCAGAGAGUCCUACUCGGUACGCAAGGGGGAGAAGUCCCUGGUCCAGAGUAAGUCCAAGCAGGAGAGUAACCAGCAGGACAUCCUGGCCGCUGCUCUGGGCAUGCGGAUGGGACCACAGAAGCCUCCCGCCACCAUCUGGCAACCUCUCAAACUCUUUGCCUAUUCACAGCUCACCUCGCUGGUGCGCCGAGCCACGCUCAAGGAGACGGACCGCGCGCCCAAGUACGAGAAAGUCCACAACUUCAAGGUCCACACGUUCCGAGGACCUCACUGGUGUGAAUACUGUGCCAACUUUAUGUGGGGGCUUAUCGCUCAGGGAGUCAAAUGUGCAGAUUGCGGUUUGAAUGUCCAUAAGCAGUGCUCGAAAAUGGUGCCCAACGACUGCAAGCCUGACCUAAAGCAUGUGAAGAAAGUGUACAGCUGUGACCUGACCACCCUGGUGAAGGCCCACAAUAGCAAGCGGCCCAUGGUGGUGGACAUGUGCAUACGGGAGAUUGAGUCCAGAGGCUUGAAGUCAGAGGGAAUCUACCGGGUGUCUGGAUUCAGUGAUUUGAUAGAAGAUGCCAAGCUGACGUUCGACAGAGAUGGUGAGAAGGCGGACAUCUCUGUGAAUGUUUAUGAAGAUAUCAACAUCAUCACCGGGGCGCUUAAGCUGUACUUCAGGGACUUGCCCAUCCCCGUCAUCACGUACGACGCCUAUCCCAAGUUCAUCGAGGCCGCAAAGUUUACGGACCUUGACGAGCGUCUGGAGGCACUGCACGAGGCUCUGAAGCUGCUGCCGCCGGCACACCACGAGACGCUGCGCUAUCUCAUGGCCCACCUCAAAAGGGUGACCCAAAAUGAGAAGGACAACUUGAUGAACGCAGAAAACCUCGGCAUCGUCUUUGGGCCGACCCUCAUGCGAGCGCCCGACCUGGAUGCCAUGACGGCCCUCAACGACAUCCGCUACCAACGCCAGGUGGUGGAGACCCUCAUCAAGAACGAGGACAUCCUGUUUUAAAUUCACAGCCGCGCCCUGCCUCCAAACCUCCAACAUGAAGGAAUCAAAGAAACGCUUUUGAUACAGGACAGAUUGACUCUGUCUGGUAUUUUGAUUUUCUUUCUUUGGUGCAAAGACUUGAACCUUUUGAAGGACCCUAUGUCAUUCUAGUCUCAGUGGCUCCGCGCUCAGUGGAUGCAGUACUAACACUCAGCCUCACUUUCAUUCUUUUCUCUCUGUUUCAUGGCUGUGGAUUAUGGACCUUAAUCUUGCAUGUCUUCCUCCCCAUUUUUGUCGGGGGUUUGUUGAGAAACGCAGACUUUGCAGAGCAGAUUUUGCAGAGUGUCUUUAUUUUGGAUAGCUUCGUAGCCGUAACCCCAGCAUGUGUUCUCUCUCUCCUUUUUUUAAAAUUGUGAAGUUCAAAAGCAUUGUGACUGUGCUUUUAUUUAAUUUUUUUAUUUUGUCCUGUGGAUGUACAGUAGCUCCCGGUUGACCGAAAGGGCAAAUUGUUUUUGUGAAACAUUGUCUACAGUACCUGGAUGUAAUAGAUAAGGUUUAAUCAAUCACUCAUCAAUUUCUCUCCAAUCAAUUUCUCUUGAUAACCACUUCUCUCUGCCUCUUAGGUUUUUAUAUGCAGUAUCAUGUCAGGUGGAUUUCAGAGCCUCCUAUUUAAACAGACAACAAUCAACGUUUUUACUGUUAAUAUUUCAUUUGUGCUUGACUCACUCACCUCAAAUUCUAUUGCACUCCACCUCCAACCUUAUUUGUACAGCUCCUGAUUUCAUUGUAAUGCUUUUGUUUGAUUUGUAUUAGAUUUUGCGCAUGGAAACGUUAAUUUAUUAAACUUUACUUUACUAGAAAUCUGUGUACAGAGCCAACUAAUUGAUUUGGUUGCACACAAUAAAGUAAUCCAUGUUUUGAGCCAUUUUUUUAUAUCAAA